AUUACCGGUGUUUGGCUCAGUUUAAAAAAACGGGUGUUACAAUCACUCGCAAUGAAACGUCUACCCUUCUGUUUGUCAUUGGUAAGAGAUUUUCGCCGUAGUUAAUGAUACUUUUGGUAUGCAAAUAUUGAUAUCGUGCGCAAAGAGAUAAGAAAGAGUUGAACAGCUACGGACUGAUUGUUAGAGAGAAUAUUUAUUCUUCUCUGAUGAGCCCACCGUGAACUUCAUGUAUUUCAUACAAGUUCAUUGUGGUCCCGUCCUGGGAAGGGAUUGCCUUCCUAACAAAAACAAUUUCAAGGGACUAUUGUAAAGGACGUGCAGCUUUCAAACUAUUUUUAAUUCCAACCUGGGGUAGGUUAAAUAACAGUGAACCCGGAAGUUCCGUGAUACUCUCAAGGUCUGCUCUCAGGCGGCACCUGCCAAUCACAUCCAUUCGGGUGUUGACAUUGAAGGGCUUAAGACUGGAUACUGGUCCCAUAACCAAAAACAGCGGCGGCGUCGGUCACAACUUUUUAAUCAAACAUUUAAAUGAUUUCAAAAUCUAUUGGACAAGCAUAAAGGACAAAAGCGAUAUUCUUUUAACAGUAGGCUAGUUUCUAUUGGUGUAAACGUAGGUUGGGAAUUAAGCUCAUAAACCGCAAUCAAUUGAUAUUGGUGAAUAAUUAUGAACUGUUACAAACACAAAUGAAAUGACGCCUAUGAUGAUCUUCAAAAUAUUUGUAAUGCACCUAUGAAUUACUGAAUAUUAUAUGAAUUGUUUUUGCAGUUGAAACGUAUAUCGUUUUCAAAUUCGUCUUCUGGAUAGUAUGGUGCGUUAUUUUCGUGGAGAACGAUUGCGGCACUAAGAUUGCAUUAAUUAUACAAGAUGUUAUUAGCAACCAUGCAGAUCACAUUUGAUUCGCUCAAAAAGCUUCCAAUGAGAGUAAGCAAAAAUGUGUAGUAAAGUGAUUGGGGGGGGGUCCAUGGAUCGUUUCAUCAUGUAGCGGGUUAUGUGAACCCGGAAAUUAUGUUGGUCUCACAAGGCCUUCCCCAUGUGAUCCUUAGGUGUCAUGAUACGCACGUGUAAUUACAGGCUCUCACUGAGUGUGAAUACUCAGAUAUGGCUGUUACUUGUAUUGGAAUGUUGAACUGGGAACUGAACUUCAACCGUGCACCCAGAAAUGGCUGUAACUUUGAACUAUUCUCUACGUUCUUCUUUUUGGUUGCUGAUCUUUUUGCAAGCAUCCAACGGGCAGUCAGUUACGGUUACAGUCUUGAUGCAGUCAACAACACAUGCAAAGCAAGGAACCUCAGCUUUCCUAAUGUGUAACUACUCUAUCAGUGACGUUUCUUACAAUUUCAAUUUCAUUCAGUGGAAUAAAGACUCGGAUUUAAUUGCUUCGUAUUUAGAAGGACAACCGCUAAACUACCCAGAAGGAAAUGAGAAGUACUCCAUGACCACAGACUCCAUAAACAGCAGUAGCGUGUUGACUGUGUUUUCAGUGAUGUUUCCUUCUGACGAAGGAAGAUACCUGUGUCUGGCUCAAUUUCGAAAAUCGCGAGUGGGAUCUGUCAGCAAUAGAACUUCCACCCUGCUGCUCGUUGUUGUUCCACCGAGUACGAUUGCGCUAAGAUACAACGGUACAUCCUACACUGACGGCAGUUCCUUUACCGUCGUAGCUGGUACUGAUCGUCCAUUCACGUGUAUCACGCCUAGUGUGAAACCAGCAGUCAACUUCACAUGGACCCUUGCUGGCGGCAUAACGUCCUCCCAGCCUCAGGGAAGCCAGACAAACACCCCCAACAGCGGCGAUAACAGGUUGACAGACAGCUCCAGUACAAUAAUAGCUGACAUUCGGGAGAGUCCAUCCACUUCUCAAUUGAUGUGUGGUGCUACCAACAGACAAGAUGGAUUAACGGACUCCGAGAUUGACAUCACGGUUACUCUUCAGGUCAGAGUACCACCAAGAGAGGUGAAGCUGUCAGAUGAUGAGGGGGAAAAGGUGCCAGGGGCCACUGUAGCUGUCGAUCAAGGAACAUCACACACUUUCACUUGCUUGGCCCAGGGUACCAGACCAGCUCCAACCAUUCAAUGGUUCCUUAACAAUAACAUGCCAUCUACUGGGAUCAGAGCCCCAACUUCAACCGAAAAUAAUGAGUUGUUUGACACGUCAGGUACCUGGUUGUUUGCUCCUUUGAGAAAUCAUCACAGACAACAGGUGAAAUGUGAGGCAUACACUGCUGAGUCAGUGCCGCCAUAUCCAUCUGCAAUGCUUACUGUCGAUGUUAAUGGUCCUCCAGAUGUAUCGGUUAUUAGUGGCAGCCCAUCUAUGACUGAGAAUAUUGAGACUACACUUACAUGUACCGCAGAUAUGGGCUAUCCUGCUGAUUGGAUUCUGGCUUGGCUUAAUGGAGGGUCACCUGUAAGUGGUUCAUCUACAAACUCAUCGGCAUCAGGAAGUCGCUAUAGCUUUACCAGUACGUUGACUUUUAUACCAAGAAGACAGGACAAUGGCAAUAUCAUUACAUGUACAGCCCAGAGAGGAUCUUGGACGCCUGCUCCUCAACAGACGCUGGGUCCCAUCAAUGUACAAUUCUGUUCCAAGAGUGUAAGCGUCAGUUGUCCUUCGAAAUCUGCGUCGGGAAGCAUCGUGCAAUUGAGUUGCCACUCAGACAGCAGCAACCCAGCUACAGCAUUAGUUUGGUCAAAAAAUAACGUCGUCCAGGAAAAUCCAACUCAGUCAGUAAUUGAAGAUGGCAACUACGGUGGCCGCAAGACAACACUUUGGUUGACAACAGGUGCAUUGACCAAGGCAGAUAAUGGAGCUGUAUACAAAUGUAGCGCAUCCUGCACCAACAAUUUGUCUGACUCUUGCGCACUGAAUGUGGAGUAUCCUCCAGACUUUUCAGUGCCAACUGCCAUGCCGCCGGGACCGGUGGAAGAGGGCAAUAGAGUGACCCUUCUCUGCAGUGCAGAUGCCAAUCCCAAGCCCGCUGGCUUUAUCACGUGGGAGAGGGUCGGGUCUCUGGACUCCUUACCCUCUGUCUACAAUGAUGGUACAAGCAAUCUUACACUAAGCAGCAUCAGAAAGGAGCAGGCUGGGUCGUACAGAUGUCGAGGCAACAAUGGCGUACCACCUGUUGUCCACUCAAGCUCCGUUGACGUCAUUGUGCACUAUGAAGUGCGCAUUCUCACUAAGACUAAUACAUCAGUUGGGGCAAAGAUUGGCCGCGAUGCUACUCUUAUAUGUAAAGCCAAAGGGCAUCCCCUCCCCAGAAUGACAUGGCAAGGUCCAGCUGGUGCGCAAAUAACCAAUCAGACCGAUCCGGGAAGGAUAUUUCAGGCCGAUACAGUUACGGACGGGGAUGAUGUGUAUGGAUUCACCAUUACGAGUAUCUUAUACAUCAGUCAAGUGACUGCAACGACAGACUACGGUUCUUACAUAUGCAACAGUGGUAAUGGCGUUGGAAUGGUUGACACAGUGAAUAUUGUGUUGAAUGAUAAAGUCAAACCUUUGCCUCCAGAAGACGUGACAGUCGACCAAGCUACAGUUACAGGAAGCGCCGUCAUGAUUGCCUGGAAACCCGGGAACGAUGGAGGAGAAACUCAGUGGUUUUUCCUUAAUUACCGCGAUGUGGAAACAACGAGAGUGUUCGACCCCAACACCCGGGUCAGAAUAGAUGAUGAUAUAUUUGAGUAUAUGAUUGAUGGACUGAGUCCUUACACUUUGUAUGAGAUCGAGGUUUUCGCCAGGAAUCAAAAUGGAGACGGCGAAAGCGUCACACAAAUUUUCAGGACGCGACCUAACACUCCUGAAAACUUAGGUAUUACUGCCACAUUAAAUCAAGACACGGGAAGCAUUUCCGUUGACGGUAUUCCCCAAGAUGGCGACGCUUUGUCAUGUUUACAACUGGAAGCUCGUCUGGCUGAUCAGAAUGUGUGGUUUAAUUAUGGCGACUGUCUUGACACAAACACACAUCUAGCCACAUUAGAUAUUCAAUCCAGCUAUUGCUACGGCAAUUUUUGUAGUCUGCCUGUGACUGCAUUAUUAGUUGCAGGACAAUCUAGUAAUGCUGGACUGAUAGCUGGUCUGGUGAUUCUUACCAUUAUAAUAUUAAUCAGCAUUACAGUGAAUGUUCUGGCAAUCAGAAACAUCAGACGGAACAAGAAAGGGUCACAAGAAGUUGCAGGAAGCAGGAAACUUGACCUCAAAUCAAAAUACAAGCCAAAGGAGAAACGCGCUGCCAUUAAUGAAGCGGUGGAAUACCAAGACUUGGACGUGCCCUUGCAAGUUUUGGCUAUUAGUGGCAGUAGUCAUCCAGGUACAUCGGCCUACGCCAGUAUUUCCGAAACUGCUACAGCAUUCUCGCGAGACAAGCUGACAAUUGUACGUGAACUAGGACAAGGUGCCUUUGGAAAGGUGUUGCUCGGGAAAGCUAGUGGCAUUGUCCAAUUGGGAACUGCCACUCAAGUAGCAAUUAAAACCCUCAGAGACGACGCAGAUCUGACCGAAAGAGGGGAUCUGCUCCGAGAGUUGGACUUCAUGAAACAACUUCCAAGCCACGCGUACGUCGUCAAACUCCUUGGAUUUUGCGCUGAUGGGGAUCCAAUUUAUAUCAUUAUGGAGUACAUGUCGAAAGGCCCACUGAAAGAUCUUCUAACAAGCAGUCGAGGUAAAAGCAAGCAGGUGUACAGCAACCUUCAUGGAAGGAGUAAAUCUCUAACAUCAAGAGACCUCAUCAAGUUUGCUAAAGAUGUGGCUGAAGGUAUGGCCUUCCUUGCUUCACAACAGUGCAUUCACAGAGAUCUAGCUGCUAGAAAUGUCCUUGUGGGUGAGAACAUGGUAUGUAAGGUGUCUGAUUUUGGACUUGCUCGUGACAUCAAGAGUAGGAGGAUGUACCAACGACAGUCGGAGGGUCGGUUGCCUAUUCGUUGGAUGGCACUAGAAUCAAUUGUUGAUGACGUCUACACAACAGAGGGUGACGUAUGGUCCUAUGGAAUACUUUUGUGGGAAAUUGUGACUCUUGGCGCUCGUCCAUAUCCCACUAUGAGCGCCAAGACAAUGAUAGCCAAGCUACAAGAAGGAUACCGCAUGCCAAGACCCGACCACUGCCAAGACGAAAUAUAUCAGAUGAUGUUGACCUGUUGGAAGGAGGAUCCUACCACCCGACCGUCAUUUACAGACAUCAGUCAGAAGCUGGAGAAAGCACUCGAGGCACCACAUGACUACAUAACUCUUUCAGAUUAUCAAGAGUCGGAUUACGAAGUGACGAUUCAAGGGUCUCCUGAUGAAAAGAUCUAAGGCAGAAUAAUGUACAUAGCGUUUGAACUGCAUAGUGACAGGCUUGCUUCUGGGAAACAUGUAACUCUUGUUCGUCAUUAUACUCGCAAUGCCGGUUUUUGUCAACACUCCCAAAGGGAUUAGAAAUGAACCUUACAUGUCAAAGGCAUGAGUGAUUACUAUCGACCUAAAGGGUGAAUUGUGACAAACACUGUAGUGACCAGGCCAUAUGAAAUUCACUGCUGGUUUGGUUGCAAGACUGUAAAAAUGUUUACGUCCCAGUAAAGUGAACCGUAACAUUUGAUGAUUACUCAAUGUUUUUGGACAAAUGUGUCCUUCCUUUUUUAUUUUAAGUGAAGAAUUUAAGUUGUGGCUUGCUUCCUGAGUUUGCUCGCAAAAUUGUAAUUAGCUGUCUGUCCAUGCUCCUUUCCCGCAAGUCGAUGACACUCAUGUGUAAUGAAAUUAUAUCUGUCCUAUGCAUAUAUAAUCAAUGUUUAUCACAAAAAAAAAAAGUUAUCGUAAGUGACUUACGCCCUUUUGCUGGGAAGCAUGAUUACUGCAAAAACACAUUGCCUGGAAAAUUGACGUAUGUAUGCAAGAUUUCUUUGCAUACAACUUAGAAAAAAACAAGUCUUUUGGUAAGUUUUCAAAGGCUACUUUUUGUCCUUCCUGUGUUGAUGUUUUAGUAAAUAUAUUUGCUUUACUAAAUAAAGACAGUAUCUUUCUUACGACCUUUUGCCGGGAACAUUUUUAAUAAUGUGAUCAUGCUUCCCGGCACGUUUUUUCAGGCACACGACGAAGUGUUUCUAUAGGUAAAUCAGUUAUUUCUGUCUAAGGUCGUGUAAAAUCAUUUUCCUUUAUAUUUUUCUCACAAUAUAUAAUCUAAAGGACAUUUUUUUUAACUUUUGAAGGCUUCAAUACUAAUUAAAAUGAAACAAAGUUUGUUUUUGUUCUAAUAUCGCACUAAGCAUUACAUUGUUUAUGUCUUUAAGCACACUGCCAGUAGACAUUUUCUCACAUGGUGAGAAGAUACAAAUAAAUUCAAAAUUCAGCGCACCAAAAAGAAGAAAUCAAGGAAAUGUAAUUUCUGUGUGUUGGGCGCUUUGACGGGAGUCUAAAAGAUGUUCUCCUUUGAGUAGUAUUCUCCAUACAACAUGAGAUGAGGCUACUUCCAAGACUGCUGGACAUUUUGUAUAAGCGGAAUCUCAUAGCCAAUUACAUUCAAACCGAGGUUUAGGCAUUUUGUUGAAAUUUGUGCUAGUGAAGAAAUGCAGAAUAGAGAAACUUAAUGUAUGGAGAUAUUCAGGCAAGUGAUUUGUAACAAUUUAUAAUUUAGUGUAAGUACACUGCACGUAGUCCUUACGGAAAAGAAAAUCAAGCAGUACUUCUUUAAGAGAUUUGUUGAUCUCAUUGGAUGUUAUUUAAUCCCUGAGAUAAUAGCAUAGUCUCUUAAACGUCUGCAGCCCCUUGUUGUUAGGAACAGUCCACAUAAGGCUGCAAAAAUAAAUUGUCCUUUUUUCAUAGAAA